AUGAGCACAUCGAAUCCUCCCCAACAUUCUCUUGAUCAAGCGAAUGGAGUUCUGGGCGCCCAUUUUUUGCGAGACCGCAGAAACGAUUAUGAUCACAUCACGUGUCUCAUAAUUUACUGGGAGCACGACACAGAAGGCUUCAAGGAAGAAGCCUACCAAGUCCAUUCCUUUUUCACUUCCAAACUCAACUACCCUGCCGAAUUAUACGAGAUACCUCUUCUAGAAGAACGUCGUAGCCAGAUGGCAGUGGAACGUCGGAUCCUUGAAUUCAAAGAAGCUUUGCACAGAAAUAAUAGCUUGGGAAUAAUCCACUAUGGAGGACAUGGAGACGAAGACAUAAUCAGGGACAUAAAUGGUCGUGAGCCACGGAAAUCAGUCUGGGCAGCAAACCCAGGAUCAAGCAGCCCGAAAGUGCGCUGGUCGGAUAUACAACCGGGUUUAAAUACAGUCAAUGGGCAUGUUUUGGUCAUUCUGGACUGCUGUUUUGCUGCCCAAGCUGCGAGAACAACAGACCGCGUCACUCCGCCCAACGUCGAGUUGAUCGCUUCUUGUGCUAUGAGGGUUAAAACGGCUCUUCCUGGAGAGCACUCAUUUACGACCAAAUUUCUCAAGGAAGCAGAGAAUCGACUUGAAAAGAAGGGGUACAUUGUGAUAUCUGACAUCUACGAUUCACUUUCUAGCCGGGAUGGGCGACUUAUGCAAACCCCUCUUCGUUGGGGCCUUCACGGCCCUCACAGCACGAUACGGCUUGACCCUUUGUCCAAAUUAGUUCCGCGCUCCUACAAUCAUGACGAAAACUCCGGUUCGCUCUCCCUUCGCAUCUGGACUUGGGACCCGCUAGACAACUCUACCUUGGACAAAAUCAUAGUUUGGCUCAAAACACACGCUCCUAGAGGAGUUGCGUUUGUGAGAAUUGAAGAAAUGACACAAAAAACAUCCCAACUACAGAAGUAUAUGCGUAGAGACGGAGGAGGCGAAAGGUCAGUUGCAGCACUGCACAACCUGCCAGAAGAAUCACAAAGAGAAGUUUGCGGUACUUGGGACAUGUUCAAGAUCAACUUGGUAUCAGCCGUUCAAAACCUCACGGCUGGGUUAUCCGUGAAUGGAGGAUCAGAAGAGGUUACUGAUGAGAUCAUGGUUGAGUUUCUUGUGAAAUUUCAGAGGAAUUUAGAAGCCUUGCAGCGAGUAGUUCAGAGGGGUGUGUUAUCAAUUCCCCAGCUAAAGAAAAAGGAAGUCUUGGUUUCUGCUAUCGAAGACAGUGCUCUGGAAGGCCUCGACGUUAUGCAUGUCUUGCGCGCACGACGCGAAGUGAACUUUCCUUCAGACUUCCCAACUCUGGAGAAAACACCGCCAAUCACUCAAGCACAGGCAACACGCGACUUGUCUGUACCUCUUGUUAUAUCAGAAUAUGGGGGAGUUCGUGUUUUAGUGGAGUACAAAUUGUACGAAAGAAGCGAUGCUCACGGCAUUGCCCUCUGCGAACGGGGAAUUAAUCGUCUUGCUGCUGUUCUUCAUACUUCCGACCCGCGAAGCUUUCACACUCCAAUGUGUCUUACCGUUUCACACGAGAAGAAAGAGGCUCGCUUUGCUCUAAUCUUUUUGUGCCCUCGCACCGACUUUUCCAGCGUGGUAUCUUUGCGCCAGGUCCUGGAAGCGCGGACCUCCGAAUCCCGUUCCAAAACAAAGACUGAGAAGUUGAGAAAGCCUAACCUCGCGGAGCGCUUCAGUAUAGCAAGAAAAAUGUGCAAAGCUGUCCUGCAGUGGCACAACGCUGGCUGGCUGCAUCAGGGCAUUGCAAGUCAUAACAUUGUGUUCCUCCAAGCAGCUGAUGGCAACAUCAGGUACAAUGAGCCCCUAUUGUGCGGGUUUGAGUUCAGCAGGGCCGAAAACGAGUUGUCGAGGGACAUACACAUCCACAACCCGGAUGUCGAUGUUUACAAGCACCCUGAUCGGCAAGGACAGUCACCAAAGGUGCGGCACACCCAAAUCCAUGAUUAUUACUCGUUGGGUUUGGUUUUGAUGGAGAUUGGUCUUUGGAACUGUAUUCCCGAGCUUCUCAGUAGCUAUAUUGAUAGACAGGGUCCAGCUAUAGUCCAGGAGAAGCUGAUCAAGAAGAUGGGAAAUUCCUUGCAACAUCCCAUGGGCGAGGCCUAUGAGAGAGCUACUAUCUUGUGUUUGAAAGGGGAAUUUGUCGAUGGCAAGAAAGACACAGGUAUCAGCCAUGAAGUGAUUAGGCGUUUCGAAGAUGAUGUCCUGAAAAGACUAGAGGCAGAUCCGACAAGAGAGGAACGUAAAGUCAAUGUAUAG